CUUCCAUAGACGACGACAACACCUUUUACUAAUCCCCCGGAUGUUGCUAAUUCGUUGUUUCCGCUUGUGGGACCCGGGCUCCCCGGCGGCUCAGGUGGCGAUGGCGGAAGCUUCUGCGUCGUGCUCCGCGGCGGCAGCAGCAGGAGCAGCAGGAGGAGCAACGGCAGUAGCGGUAACUGCUGCGGGCAGCGGAGGCUCUCCUCCUCCUCCUCCACCUUCUUCGCGGGCCCCUGAAGAGGAAGAGUGUGGGUGGAGCGAAGCCCAGCUCCGGCGCUAUAGCUUUGAGACGCGGCCCAUCCCCAGGCUCCGCCACGGAGAUCCGCGGGCCGAAGAGCUCAUCGAGAACGAGGAGCCAGUGGUGCUGACCGAUACAAAUCUGGUGUUCCCUGCCCUAAAAUGGGACCUGGACUAUCUGCAGGAGAACAUUGGGAAUGGGGACUUUUCUGUGUACAGAGCCAGCACCCACAAGUUCUUGUAUUACGAUGAGAAGAAAAUGGCAAAUGUUAAGAACUUCAAGCCCAAGUCAAGCAGGGAAGAAAUGAAAUUUAAUGACUUUGUUGAGCAGCUCCAGGAAAUCCAGCAGCAGAGUAAUGGAGAAAGGCUUUAUCUGCAGCAGACUCUGAAUGAUACAGUUGGGAGGAAAAUUGUGGUGGAUUUCCUGGGCUUUAAUUGGAAUUGGAUUAACAGGCAACAGGCGAAGCGAGGCUGGGGUCAGCUGACAUCCAACUUGCUGCUGAUUGGCAUGGAAGGGAAUGUGACUCCAGCACAUUAUGAUGAGCAGCAGAACUUCUUUGCUCAGAUUAAGGGAUACAAGCGUUGUAUCCUGUUUUCCCCUGACCAGUUUGAGUGCCUUUAUCCCUAUCCUGUGCACCACCCAUGUGAUCGGCAGAGCCAGGUUGACUUCGACAAUCCUGACUAUGAGAGGUUCCCCAAUUUCCGGAAUGUAGUUGGCUAUGAGACAGUGGUGGGCCCAGGCGAUGUGCUUUAUAUUCCCAUGUACUGGUGGCAUCACAUUGAGUCUUUGCUGAACGGGGGAACUACCAUCACUGUGAACUUUUGGUACAAGGGUGCCCCAACUCCCAAAAGGAUUGAAUAUCCCCUAAAGGCUCAUCAGAAAGUGGCUAUAAUGCGGAACAUAGAGAAAAUGCUGGGUGAGGCCCUUGGAAGCCCACAGGAGGUGGGUCCCUUGUUGAAUAUGAUGAUUAAGGGGCGGUAUGACUAGUCCUUGGCUGCUGCAGUGAUGGAAGUUGCAUCACAGACAUGUGGAAAAUACCGAGCGCUAGUAUUGCACACGGCACUUAAAAGACUGAGGGGCUUCUGGCCCAGCUCUGCACCAAUAUAGGGAAUGACUGGCACCAUAAAACCCUUCCAUUUGUCCCUCUUUCAACUUCAUGGAACCUUCCAGAAGACUCCAUGCUUACAAAGCAGGAACUCAGCUGCCAACAACUUGUGUCCCUUGCUCAAUGUACAGAGAUUGACAUCUGGUAUUUGACUGACAUCUGUAACAUUACAAAAAAUGUUUGGGAGGGAGUAGAGUUCACGCUGAUCUUUUUCAGUCUCCUGGUUCAUCCCACUAGCUGGGAGUAUGAUGUUGCAUGAGAGGUGGACGCAGUAAAUCAAAGUCUGAGAGACUCUCAGAGUGGGAGGGAGCCUUAGGCCGUGUUAAUAUUUUGGUGGCAUUUGCUUUAUUUUGUCUGGGCAGUGGAGACAAGUGCAUGCUGGCACCUAUGUAGUUGCCUGUGUGUGAAAAGUAUCUAGACAAGUCAUUUUGAUUUUCCUUCUGCACCUCGGCAUUAGAAAUCCACCGUGAAAACCUGCACAUCAUUCCUUCGGUAAGGUUUAGCAUUCAUUUGUUAAAUUUGUUAAAGGAAACCAUUGAUGGCACAAAAUUUACAGUUACAAAUAGAUGAAGGGCAGGUAGAGAGGAAGACAGUAAAGUCUUCCAAGUCCACUGUGCCAAAUUAACUUAAAAAACAUUUUUGAGGGCUUGACCUCUUAAUUCUGCUAGGAGACCAGGCUGAAAUCCCCAUACACACAGAUUCUCUUUUCUACGCUCAGGAUAUUUUUUCUUAAGCUACAGGUGAGAGUGAGUGCCUUUGCCAGUCUUCACUUGUGUGAUUUAUUUUCUUUUCCUUAUAAGGAAAUGUUAAUUCCAUUGCAUCUUCAGUCUUCUGCAUGCUAGAUUGUGGUGGAUAAAUGGGUGGAGAAGGGAAGCAGCAACGCUGCAAUAACACUUUUUGCAGUAGCUUUUUCAACAGGCUUCUUUGUAUGGUGGAAUCUUAUAUUUUCUAUUCUGUUUGAUUUUUCCCCAUCUGGAUGGGAAUAUGGGUGUCACCAGUUGCAUUUCAUGAAGAUGAGAGAGCUGACCUUAGAUCUCAGCUUUGUCCCUUUGCCGUAGAGGCACUUUUCUGUGAAAUUCAGAGUUUUGAGGAGAUAUCAUUGCAAAAGCUUUGCUUCUCCCAGCAAAGGAGAUGCCUUGACCAUAUUGGUGGGACAAUACCUGAGCAUGACUACUCUUUCUGGGACAGAUGAGUCUCCUAUCAUUCACUGUGACUUCUGUGUGCAGUAGCUGAAGACUUUCUGGAGAAAGCUGGUGGUUCAGAUUACAUAGGCCAGGUAAGUAUCUUCAACGUGACUGAAGAGCAAUGGAGCUUUGUUGCAAGCCAAACCUACUGUUUGAUUUAGCUCCACCAGCCACAAGGAGGCAGUAGAAGGCCAGAGUUCUUGCCAUAGAUAUAGAUCAGGAAGGAGGGGGUGGCUUCUGAAGAGCAAGACAGACUUGGUGAAUGGUAAUACCAAUAAAAACAUUCUGCCUUUGGCUGAAAGCAAAAGCAAUUGCCAUGCUUAAUGGAAUGUGUCCUGGAUGUGCAGCAGUAUUGGCCAGAGUGCCACCCAAGACUGGAGCUGUUUGUGGAAUUUUGCAGUUCCAUAGAGCCCAUGUGAAAAGGGCCAGGUGCCUCACUGGAAGGAACAGGACAGGACUUGCAUGCAACCUUCGGAUCUCUUUUGUUUCUUUUUGCCAAAGGUAACUUUUCAAAGUUUUUAAACAGUUGGUUUUUUAAUUUUUUUGUUGCACUUGACUGGUGCGAGAGCUCAGUUUACCAUGCACUGAUGGACUGAUUUAGUUACUGUCUUUUUUUUUUUAAUCCUGUGCUUUUGAUGCCCUGCUGUGGUAUUGGGAAAGCUGUGUGUGUUCUUUGGUGUGUGAGAUCAUGUGGGAAAGGUAUAUGUUCUGAAGCGUAGUUCUUACAAUACAACUGUUAAACAA